AUGUCCAACAGCAGCUCCCACAAGUUCCUCCUUCUGGCAUUUGCAGACAGGUGGGAGCUGCAGCUCUUGCAUUUCUCACUCUUCCUGAGCAUCUACCUGGCUGCCCUCCUAGGGAAUGGCCUCAUCAUCACAGCCGUAGCCUGUGACCACCGUCUCCACACCCCGAUGUACUUCUUCCUCCUAAACCUCUCCCUGCUCGACGUGGGUUUCAUCUCCACCACUGUCCCCAAAUCCAUUGUCAAUUCUUUAAGGAACACCAGGGCCAAUUCCUACUCUGGAUGUGCUGCACAGGUCUUCCUGGUUGUCUUCAUGGUAGGAGGAAAAUAUUGUCUGCUCACAGUCAUGGCCUAUGACCACUACGUUGCCAUUUGCAGACCCCUGCACUAUGGGACCCUCAUGAGCAGCAGAGCUUGUGUCAAAAUGGCAGCAGCUGCCUGGGCCUGUGGCUUUCUCAAUGCUGUCCUGCACACUGGGAACACAUUUUCAAUCCCACUUUGCAAAAGCAAUGAGGUAGAGCAGUUCUUCUGCGAGAUUCCCCAGAUCCUCAAGCUCUCCUGCUCAUACUCCUACCUCAGGGAAAUUGGUCUUCUUGUGGUUAGUGCCAGCUUAGCCUAUGGGUGCUUAGUUUUCAUUGUGGUGGCCUACGUGCAGAUCUUCAGAGCUGUACUGAGGAUCCCGUCAGAGCAGGGCCGGCACAAAGCCUUUUCCAUGUGCCUCCCACACCUGGCCGUGGUCUCCCUGUUCAGCAGCACUGCAGCAUUUGCCUACCUGAAGCCUCCUUCCGUCUCCUUCACAGCUCUGGAUCUAGCGGUGGCUGUUCUGUAUGCAGUGGUGCCUCCAACACUGAACCCUCUCAUCUAUAGCAUGAGGAACAAGGAGAUCAAGGACGCCUUGAGGAAACUCAUUCAAUUGCUACUACUUCCUCAGAAAUAA